AUGAAUGCCCUUAGGCGCUUUGCGAAUUCCGUUGCACCUUCUUCCCUGAAACUUUCACGCGUGUUUGCAAGCACUCACUUUGGGUUCCAAACCGUUGAUGAGACAGAAAAACAAGCCAAGGUUGACAAAGUUUUUACCGGCGUUGCCACGAAGUAUGACCUCAUGAACGACGCUAUGAGCGCGGGGAUACAUCGCAUUUGGAAAAACUUCUUCGUCCACCGAAUUAUGCCUACCUCGAACCUUUCUUUCCUCGACGUUUGUGGUGGUACUGGUGAUAUUGCUCUCCGGAUAGCUAAGUUUUCGAAGAAUGUGGUCGAUGCGUCCGGUAAUACGAUGCCGAAAAUCACCGUCUGUGAUAUUAACGAAGCAAUGAUGACGGUUGGUAUGGAGAAAGCUAGUCAGGCAGGAAUAGCUGGAAUAAAUUGGGUCCAGGGAAAUGCUGAGUCUCUCCCCUUUGAAGAUAACAAUUUUGACGUGUACACCGCAGCCUUCGGGAUAAGAAACUGCACACAUGUGGAUAAGGUUCUUGAAGAGGCACAUCGCGUGCUGAGGCCCGGUGGGCGGUUCUUCUGUCUGGAAUUCAGUCGAGUCAACAACUUUGCUCUUCGAAAACUCUAUGACUUAUACUCAAUGGAAAUAAUCCCUGUGAUUGGGAAGGUUGUGGCCAACGAUUGGCACUCGUACCGCUAUCUGGUAGAAAGUAUUCGACGCUUUCCUUGCCAGGAGGAGUUCGCGGCUAUGAUUGAGGAUGUGGGCUUCCGUAAUGUGCAGUUCACCAACUAUACCUUCGGCGUCGCUGCAGUACACAUGGGUGUAAAGUAA